GGGGACUCGGGAGGGCCGGAGCCGCGGACGCCGGAACGGAGCCGCAGGAAGCGGCGGGGGGCGAGCGGGGUCGGGGUCCAGAGGGGUCUAGAGGGGUCGCUGCCCCGGCGCGCCCCACACCUGCCCCGGCCCCGCCGCUGCCGCCCCGCCCCGGCCCUGGGCGGGGGCACCGGGCCCCGCUCCGCCCCGCCCCGCCCGGACUUUACCUCCCGGCCGGGCCCGCGCCGUUCCGGGCCAUGUGAGCCGCGGGGCCGGGCCGCGGGGCCGCACCGGCUGCGGGAUGGAGCGCAGGAAGGUCUUCGUGGCGCUCGACGUGCUGUGCCUGGCGGUCGGUGAGGGCUCCGUACCGGCGGCCCCGCCGCGGGCGGCUCUGGAGCGUCUCCGCGUGCCGCCGGUGCCCCCGGUGGGGCUGGGCUGGGGCCAGCUCCGCGGGAGGGAUGGAGCUGGAGCAGGGGCCCCAUUCCAGCGGGGGGCUGGCACGGCUGCUGUGCGGCGCAGAGACCCCAAAACCCCUCUGGAUCUCGGGGACAGUUCCGUGCUGGCGUCUCUGCCCUUCAUCAUCCUCACUCUGGUGAACUCCCCCUACAAGAGAGGCUUCUACUGCAACGAUGACUCCAUCCGCUACCCCUACAAGGCAGACACCAUCACGCACGGCCUCAUGGCCGGGGUCACCAUCAGCUGCACUGUUAUCAUUAUCUCAUCGGGGGAGGCGUACCUGGUCUACACUGAGCGUCUCUACUCCAAGUCAGAAUACAACAAUUACCUGGCUGCCCUCUACAAGGUGGUUGGGACAUUUCUAUUCGGGGGGGCCAUCAGCCAGUCCCUGACUGACCUGGCCAAAUACAUGAUCGGCCGUCUCCGGCCAAACUUCCUGGCUGUGUGCAACCCUGACUGGUCCAAGGUGAACUGCUCCAUCUAUGUGCAGCUGGAGAACGUCUGCCAGGGAGAGAGCAGGAACGUCACCGAGUCCAGACUGUCCUUCUACUCGGGACACUCUUCCUUUGGGAUGUACUGCAUGAUGUUCCUGGCGCUCUACGUGCAGGCCCGCCUGGUGGGGAAGUGGGCCCGGCUGCUGCGUCCCACCAUCCAGUUCCUCCUCAUCGCCUUCGCCAUCUACGUGGGCUACACCAGGGUGUCCGACUACAAGCACCACUGGAGCGACGUGCUGGUGGGGCUGCUGCAGGGGGCUCUCAUCGCCGUCCUCAUUGUCCACUACGUCUCUGACUUCUUCAAGCAGCGUCCCCCGCGGCAGUGCGAGGAGAAGGACCCGGAGCGCAAGCCCAGCCUGCCCCUCACCCUCAGCGACCCCGACCACAAUCACUACAGCUACCGGGGUGCCCCGUGAGCCCGGCCUGCAGCCCUGCCCCUCGCCGUGCUCCCGGCUCCGGGGACAGCUGGCUCUGUACUGACCAUUGGCUCUGGUGCCUCUGGCUGACACGAGUGGGGCAGCCCCGCCUGUUCCUGCUCCCGCAGUGCCGCGGCGCCUGGCUCCCCGUGCCCGUGGUGCUGCCGGGGCCUGGUGAUGCCAGCGCCCUGCCCGUGGGGAGGGGAUGUCCUCCCCCCCUGUGUCCUCCCCCCCCGUGUCCUCCCCCCUGUUUGUCUGAGUCACGCCCCAAGGCUGCCGUCCCAGCCCUUCGUGCGGAGGAAGGGAGGGAGGGAGGGAGGGAGGGGAGGGUGGCACGUGGGGGUGGAUUUAUUGGGCUGGCAAAGCACACUGAGCGAAGAGCAAACUCCUUGGGAAGUCUGAGGUUGCCUGGGCCGAGUGUGUGUUGUCCCUGUCAAAUUAUCCAGCCAUACAAGUACAAAUCCUCACAGGCGCAGAGGGAGCAGGACAGCUUCUGGGCUAGCUAAAGUGUUUUGGAAAGGAUUAAAGCAAUCCAGAGCUCUUCUCUGCUCCAUUGAUUACCUUUAAGAGCAGUCCUGCCCGCCAGCAGCUGCUGUGAGCAAAGGGUGCCUGGGCAGGCUCUUCUCUGGCUGUGCCCAAUUCUGCAGUGCUGGGAGCCAGAGCUGUUUGCCCCCUGCCUGCUUCAUGCCUGCCUUGGGCAAGGGGCUGCUGCUCCAGCCUUUGUCCCUCCUGCAGCUUCAGCUGAUGCUUUAGGGUGUGUGGCGGGGCUAGGGAGACAUUUUCUGUGGUAAAGGAAAAUAAAUGGGGAUGUGGAGCUGUCCAAAUGUCCUGGGAAAGUGGGGGCAAUGGGUACAGAGCAGUCCCAUCACUGACACGUGGCUGCCUCCAGCACUGGAGUGCUGUGGGUCUCUUUUUAAAAUACAUGCAUUUUCAUUACGAUGUUGUUUUUAAAUUAGAUCAUCCUUAAAGAA